AUGCUUCUUCUUGAAUGGAACUCCGAGGGUCAAUCGGCAGAGUUCUAUGCUCUCAAGAGUAUUGCGUACCAGAAAGCAAUAUCCAUGGGAAUUCACAGAUUAGAUGCUGGUGCCGGUGGUAAAGACGGGAAUGUUAUUGAAUCGGAAUUAAAACGGAGACUUUGGUGGCAUCUAGCAGCUUCAGAUUGGAUUACCGCCAGUAUUCCUGGUAACCAAGAGGGCAUGUACUCUGUGAAUCCAGCACAUGCCCGAGUCACAUACCCCGCCAAUCUCGACGAUAGAGUCUUAUCAAAUUCACACCCGCCAGUGAACCUUCCAGAAGAUCAGCCAACCUCAACAUCGUUCUUGAUUCAGCGAGCCAAGUUUGCCGAGCUCUGCCGCCAACUCGCAGAUUCAAUACAAAAUGCUGGAAUAACAGAGGAGUCCCAGCCCUGCAAUCUUACCUAUGAAUUCAGCCAUCGAUUGAGACGCUUCGAGGAAGAUCUGCCGUGGUUCUUCCGUAUGGACGAAGAAAACAAGGAUAAGGCCAAUGCGCUAGCACUCAAUCGCCCAUACCUGGUACCGCAGAAACAUUUCUUGUUGUUCGGAAUAUAUUCACGAAUCGUCCGACUGCAUCGACCAUUCCUCUCGAUGAAGCUGCGAGAGCCCGAGUUUUCUGAAUCUCGAACAGUAUGCCUCCAGUACGCGGAGAAGAUCUUGAAGCUUCGCAACAGUAUCGACCUCUCAGGAAUUUGUCACUGCGUAAACUCGUACAGUAUCCGUCAGCACACCUUUGGCGCACUGUUACUUCUGUCGAUGGACAGUAUGCUCGAGACCGAUAUGUUUCGCGCUCAACCUCGAAAAGCAGAGCUGAUCGAGAUCAGUAAGACCUUGAGAGACAAGGAAAUGUCGUCGAACAGAUCCAGUAGCGGCAUUGUGUUUGGAAUUGACAAGUUGAUUGACCUGCUGAGAAAGUCAACUCUAGAUACUCCAGUAUUAGACUCCUCGAGUUCUUCGACAGAGAGAACAGCACAGGUGACGUUGCAAAACCCAAGCCGAUUGCCCUUGAGCGAUAUAAAUGCCCCGGUCACAGCUAGAAGUCUUCCAGACUAUUUUUCGGAGCCAAGUCACACAACCUCGCCGAUGCCGAUGCCGAUGCCGACACCAAUAUUUUCUGAGGUAACUCUGGACGAUUUCCUCAAUCAGAUAGAUGGCAUGGAAGGUUUUGACUGGGAUGGUAUUUUUCCAGUUUGA